AUGAGUUAUAGCAGAGUACGAGAUAGGUUAAGUGGAUAUGGUGUAAAUUAUAUUGUUAACAAUAUUAAAACACCAGAAGCAUGUUUAUGGUUUGCAAAAUAUUAUCCACCAAAGUAUGUACGCAAGCGUUUAUUAAAACUAGGAUAUGAAAUAAAUAAUAGAGAUUACUGGGAAAAUUUUGUAUUUCGUAUCAAAAAUAAUUUAACCAGCCAUAAACAAAUAGAAAACAUAUCGCUUAUGGAAAAAACAAAUUAA